CGUUACUCAGAGUCAGUCAGCCUGGCCAGCGCUAGCUGAGCAUAUCACAACUAAUUUCGCAGCGCGACCUGCCGGUGCUGGGUGCCAUCAGGGUUUCCUGAUGGCCUACAGCCGGCCUGACAAAUCUAUCUAUUUUAAACUCGUUCAGCCUGGAUAUAAAACACACGAUGUCGAUUGCCCAGACUUUCAAUCAAUAUCAUUCAAAGCCUUUCAUACCUAGUUUGCAAUAGAUCACAUGUCUGCUUCUUCCAUCUCCGCACUCUUCUCCCCCAUCCGCGUAGGCAACAUCAACUUACAGCACCGCGUCGUCCUUGCCCCACUCACCCGUAUACGUGCACACGCAAAUCACGUCCCAACCCCACAAGCACCAGCAUACUACUCUCAGAGAGGGUCUGCCCCUGGCACUCUUCUUAUCACAGAGGGCACGUUCAUAUCUCAGAGGGCUGGUGGUUAUGAUAAUGUUCCCGGGAUAUACACCGAUGCCCAUGUGGAGGGAUGGAAAAAGGUGACAGAAGCAGUCCACGAGAAGGGCUCUUUCAUUUUCCUACAACUCUGGGCGCUUGGCCGUACGGCAGAAACAGCCGUUCUUGCCAAAGAGGAUAAUAGUCCUCUCGUCAGUGCCUCACCCAUCCCCCUCUCGGGAAAAACAGACGUACCACGCGCGCUCACCACGAAUGAAAUCAAAGAAUACGUUGCCACGUAUAGCACUGCGGCAAAGAAUGCCAUUCGGGCUGGUUUCGAUGGCGUUGAAAUUCAUGGCGCAAAUGGCUACUUGAUCGACCAGUUCAUACAAGACGUCAGCAACCAACGCACAGAUGAAUAUGGCGGAAGCAUCGAGAAUCGCGCAAGGUUUGCACUCGAAGUAACGCAUGCCAUUGUUGAAGCCAUUGGUGCUGAGAGGACGGGGUUCCGAAUGAGCCCGUGGGGCACAUUCAGCAGUAUGGGCAUGGCAGACCCCAAACCCCAAUUCUCCUACGUGGUUCAGCAGCUGCGCAAACACAAACUCGCAUACAUCCACGUCGUAGAGCCGAUGCCUGCCGAAGUCACUGCUGAGAAAAACAGCGAUUUCCUCCGCGAUAUCUGGCAAGGGGUUGAGGGCAGUACAUUCAUCAGCACAAACGGAUAUACCCGGGAUACCGCAAUUGAGACGGUAGACAAGAAAGGCGGCCUCAUUGGAUUCGGGAGGUUGUUUAUGCCAAACCCCGAUCUUCCAUUCCGUCUGCGAAAGGGCAUCGCGCUUGAGCGGGGUGACCAAGCAACAUGGUACAUGGGCGGUAAUCUCACACCGGCAGGUUAUUCGGAUUGGCCCUUUGCGCCAGAGAAUGAUCAGCAAUAGAGCAGGUCUUGUAAGUAUAUACCUUAGAAUAGAUGUUACCUUACUGUAUACACCCGAUAUCACGCUUAAUCUUCAUCUCAGUCUAUCUUAC